AUGACCGAUCUCUCACGUGCCGAGCUAGAUGAUAUCUUUUCCACGACGCAGAAAGUGCAAAGAAUGCUCGCGGCUUAUUAUUUCCCCGAUCAAAAUCUCACGGCAGGAUCGUUCAAUAUAGCGAUUCAAGAUGGACCAGAGAGCGGACAAACGGUACCGCAUUUUCACUGUCAUGUUAUACCGAGGACGCAGGAAAGCGCGAGGAUUGGAGAUGGGAUUUAUGACAAGUUGCAGGGAGAGGAAGGGAAUGUGGGAGGGGGACUUUGGGAUAGAGAUGCGCGGAUGGGGGAGAGACCGGUGCAGAAGGGUAAAUUCCCAAAGGUGGAUGAGGAGGAUAGAGUGCCAAGAAGUGCGGAGGUGAUGAACCAGGAAGCCGCGCUUUUCAGAGAACAGAUGCUAAAGUUGGGGUAUCGUGAGGUGGAGCAACAUGAUCCAUAA